AUGGCAGCAGCUGUGAUCGCAUCUCAAGUCUCGCACGGCCCUCCUGGCCAGCCGGACAUCAGCUACACGCCAGAUCUAGAAAAGUACACGAACCGGUCGAAGAGGCGGGCAGAAACCGAAAAGCUUGGCCAUGAGCUUCCUGCAGGGUUCCCGAAGAAGCUGAACUCAGACCUAGUUUGGGACCGCGACAGCCUCGCAGGGAACUACGACUGGAACUACGUACUGACUGCGGACGACAUUGCAGAGAUCCGCAGUGCACUGCAGCACUUCAAAUCUCUCGGCAAGCCCAUAAGUUUCGUCAGCCAGGAAUCGUUUCCUCUACCCAAUCUACAUGCGAUGCUCCGUGAUGUAUCCAGAGAGCUACACCAGGGCCACGGCUUCAAGGUCGUGCGCGGUGUGCCGGUGACUGAGCACACUCUAGAGGACAACAUCAUCAUCUACGCGGGCAUCUCGUCUCACGUAGCGCCAUUGCGAGGACGCCAGGACGUGCAGUACCAGGGCAAGCCAGCAGACGUCGUGCUCGCACACAUCAAAGAUCUGACGGGCAAGGUGGAUGCGGCCAGCAUCGGUGCGCCUGCAUACACGACUGAGAAGCAGGUGUUUCAUACCGACGCCGGCGACGUGAUCGCCCUGUUUGCGCUGGCCGAAUCGGCCCACGGCGGCGAGAGCUACCUGUCCAGCAGCUAUUGCGUUUACAACGAGCUAGCUGAGCGACGGCCCGACCUCAUACGCACUCUCGCAGAGCCCUGGGCCUUUGACGAGUUUGGCAAGUCGGCACGCAAGUUUUCCCUGAGACCGUUGCUGCAUCAGGUGCCGAUAUCGACUGCCCUGGACAGCAAUGAGAACAAUGUUUCGUCUCAUGUAAACGAGAAGCCCCGCCUGGUCAUACAGUAUGCGCGGCGCUCCUUCACCGGUUACUGGGGCUUGCCGCGGUCUUCGGAUAUUCCACCCAUCACUGAGGCGCAGGCGGAGGCACUCGAUGCUCUCCACUUUACGGCAGAGCGCAACGCGGUGGCCCUCAAUUUCCACCAAGGAGACAUCCAGUAUGUUAAUAAUCUGAGCAUAUUCCAUACCCGGGGCGCCUUUACGGACUCUCCCGAGAAGCAUCGCCACCUGGUCCGUCUUUGGCUUCGUGACCCAGAAUACGCAUGGCCAACACCGGAGGCACUGAAAGACCGCUGGGACCACCUCUACACCGGUGUGACCCCGGAGAAGUCUGUGUUUCCGCUCGAGCCAACUGUGAGAAGUGCUAGCAAGGGCAGGGCAACGUAA